AUGGUAUCUGCGAACAGUAAUAAUCUUGUUUUACCACCAACAUCAUCCAACUCAUCAUUGAGUAUAUCAUUUGAUUCUGAAAGAAAUGAAAAUGAAAAUAUUCCAUUCGUCAUGUCUGACUCAUUAACAACAUCUGAACUUCCAGUACGACGUACUUAUGUUAUUUUGACUGAACUUGAUGAACCAUUUUUUGAUCCUUAUCCGAUUGAAUUUACCAUAUCCAUUAGAAUAACGAUGCUUUUUUCUGCUCUCGUUUUUCAUACAGUAUGA